AUGGGGAAAGACACUUUUACUCUCGCUGGCCGCGAGUGGCCCAAGGUGAAAUGGUGGAGGAUGAAGGGCAUGCGCUUCGUCUAUCUCACCCUCUGGGCAGCUAUGAUUACCUCUGCAACAAACGGUUAUGAUGGCUCGCUGAUGAACGGUCUGGAGGCACUCGAGACCUGGAAUGCGUCAUACAAUUACCCUACAGGAGCAACCCUCGGUCUUCUCGCUGCGUCCAUGUCCAUCGGCACCGUUGUUGCCAUUCCCAUUGUGCCCUAUGUCGCUGACCUUUUCGGCCGUCGCUUCGGAGUCGUCCUGGGCUGCACGAUCAUGCUGUUUGGCGUCGCAAUGGUCUCAAUCGGAUACAAGAUCGAGCUGUUUGUGUUCGGUCGUAUUAUCCUGGGAUUUGGACUCGGAAUUGCACAGGAAUGCUCGCCCCUGCUGGUCACCGAGCUCGUCCAUCCCCAGCACCGCGCGGUCUACAGCACCAUCUACAACUCCUUGUGGUAUGUAGGUAGUCUGAUCGGUGCAUGUGUCGCACUUGGCACGAACCAGAUUGAUGGAAGCGACUGGUCCUGGCGUGUACCCUGUCUCUUGCAAGGCGUCCCGUCAAUUUGCCAACUUGUUUUUAUCUGGCUGGUGCCCGAAUCGCCUCGCUGGCUGAUUUCAAAGGGCAAGCUGGACCAGGCGAAGAAGAUCCUGGCAUAUGUCCACGCUCAGGGUGACGAGAAUGACGAGCUGGUUAAUGUAGAGUUCGACGAGAUCCAGCAAACGAUCUCGCUCGAGAAGCAACUCGAGGGCAAUGGGUGGUCUCAAUUGUGGUCGACGCCUGGCAACCGACACCGGUCCAUCAUCCUGAUCUCUAUCGGGUUCUUCUCGCAAUGGUCUGGGAACGGAAUUGUCUCUUACUUUUUGCCCAAGUUCCUCGAGCUCAUCGGAGUAACAAACAGCCACACGGUCCUGACGAUCAACUCCAUCCUCAACGCUAUCAACGUCGUCUCCGCCACUGGCAUCUGCUUCUUCGUCGACAAAUUUGGACGUCGCCGCCUCUUCCUGACGUCCUGUAUUGGCAUGCUUCUGUCCUUCACUGCCAUGACCAUCGCUCUCGGACGCUACCCCGAAGGCCCCGGCGGCGAAGACAACAAUGCCGGAAACGCAGUCAUCGUCUUCAUCUUCUUCUACUACAUCUGCUACAACAUCGGAUUCAGCGGGCUGCUCGUGGGCUACUCCUCCGAGAUCCUCCCCUACAGCCUCCGCGCCAAAGGCCUGACGCUGAUGUUCUUCUGCGUGUCGCUCAGUCUCUUUUUCAACCAGUACGUCAACCCGAUCGCUAUCGAGGACAUUGGCUGGAAGUACUGCAUUGUGUACUGUGUCUGGCUGGUGUUUGAGCUGCUUGUUGUUUGGAAGUUCUACAUCGAGACCAGGAACACGCCGCUGGAGGAGAUUGCCAAGUACUUUGAUGGCGAUGAAGCAAUUAUCGGUGGCCAAGCGGCGACAGAGAAGGUGGUCGAGCUGGUUUCAGCGCAGCAUGGGGAAGAGAGCGAGAAGGGCCCGACUGCUUAUACUGACGUUCCCAAGUCGUAG